GAAUCCUUGCCCAAAGUCCCGGUGCCGAGCAAAGUAAGGAAUUGCAAGCACAUAAUGUUGAAAUGUUGGGCGAAUGCGACUCCACAUACCCCUUGCAAAAGAAAUAUCACUCGAUGGAAUUUCUUCGAGACAACCCGCACCUAAGAUCCCGAUCUAAUAUAUUCGGAGCCAUUAUACGAAUUAGGAGUUCGGCGGUCUCGGGUUUUCAGAAAUUUUUCCAGGAAAACGAAUUUUUUCAAAUUCACACGCCAAUAAUAACAAGUUCCGAUUGCGAGGGCGGUGGGGAGGUGUUUAGGCUAUCUACUAACAAGUUACAAGAUGCAAAAGACAAACCCCCCGAAGAUUGUACCGCCUCAACGAGAAAACAAAGGGAAGAUUUAUUCCGUGCUCCCGUAUAUUUGACUGUAUCGGGGCAACUUCAUGCAGAGAUGUUGGCUUGCGCGAUGUCACGUGUGUUCACCUUUGGGCCAGUUUUUCGUGCCGAGGCAUCUCUCACCUCAAGACAUUUGAUAGAAUUCUGGAUGUUAGAGGCCGAGGUUGCUUGCCUGUUCAAGUUGGAAGAACUGUUGCAUUUCGCUGAGAGGUGUAUAAGAGAAACAACAAGGUACAUCUUAGACAAUUGCACACAAGAAAUCGAGUUUUUUAAUCAACGGAUGAACGAAGGACUUUUCGCUCGCCUGGAAAACACGAUAAACAAUCCAUUCUCUCGGCUAAGUUAUUCGGAAGCCAUUGACGUUCUUUCGAGGGCAAAUCGAAACUUUGAAUACACGCCAAAGUACGGCUGUUCGUUGCAAAGUGAACACGAAAAGUACCUGGCAACUGAUUAUUGUUGUGGGCCG